AGUAGGCCGGCUCGACGCCGCGUUACCUGCCAGCCGGAGCUUUAGAUUUCACUUUCAUAAGAUUCGCCGAUGCGGAAUGACGCAACGUUUGGAGAGCUGAAUAAGGAUCACGCGUGCACGAGAAGACGCCUCUGGGGAAAAAAUGUCGAGCACGAAGGACGUUCUGGUAACGCUGUGUAUUCUGCUGCUCCUCCACGAUCGUACCGCGAGUCUGAUCAUCCCCGAGGAGCUGCCCACGAUACUUUCGCUGAUCUAUUCCAAUAUACCGCCGAUAAAGAAAGGUACCGAUUCGAGAGUCGGCGUGGGUUUCCGGCUCGGCAAUCACGCCGAUUUUCAGGUGCUGCUCGAACUGGGCCCGCAAACCGAAACCGAUCCGAUCGGGAACGCCGACUCGAAGAGGCGUCGAGACGCCAUGUUCGACGCUGCUAUGAGGGGCGAGCUAGGACCAUUGGCACAGGCGGUCGCGAAGUAUCAGAUGGAACGGAACUUGCAGAGGGAAGUGGAAAAAUUGAAAAAGACAGGCGGGAAAUUGAAAGAUCCCGUUAUCGAGGAAACUAGUGGGAAUAAGACUGUGGCCAGCGAAUGGUUGGCGAAAUGGAGCAACGGGAUGAAGCCUUCCGAAGACGAGGUCCUGACGGAAACCAAAUCCAAGGAAAAGGGUACCUCGAACUCUGCGAACAGGAACACCGUGCUGAGGAUAGGUCGGCCUCCUUCGUCGAGUGGCGAAAAGAGUUCGAUCUCGGAUUUAACUAAGUUGUACAAAGAACAAAGUAACGAGAAGAGCAAGUAACUCGAAUGGUUCUGGUUGUACACGUGCCUGAGUCACACGUGUUCUUUAUAUUUAUAUAUUUUGUAUAUAUUUCAUUGUACAAAUGUAAUUCUUUUGCACAAAUAUAC